AUGGAGCCUGACCUGAUUCUUCAUCCCAUAUUGGAACGUGCGGUGCCUGCUUUGGAAGCACUGAUUGAGACACAGCGCACUAUAGCAGUCAUCAAGGCCCUUGGUGCCAUUGCGCCGGCUCUAGUUUGCCGUCAUGUCUGCUACGGCGGUGCGAAGCAUCUCCUUCCUAUCCUUGACCUCCUUUUACCUGGUAUUGAUUUGAAUGAUCCACCGAAAACGUUUUGCACCACCGCUUUCAUCGUCGAAGUGGCUCAAUAUAUCAAAUUCGGGGAGAUGACCAGCGAUGAUCAAUCCGUGCCAAUUAAUGUGGAUAUGGGACGGGCAGAUUCCGAUACUCCCGAUUUGGAUAUCACAGUUCUGCCAGCCAGCGUCGACUUGGGCGAGGGAGUUCGGAGAACACCCCAAGAGGAGGACGCGAUCUUGGCAAAUUUGUCCGCGACGUUUGCAGACUGGGUUGCUGCAUUCCUGCGUAGGGUUAUACUCCUAUUUGAGAACCUUCCUGAAGAGGGUGCAGACGGCACAGUAGGUGGUAGCACGGAAGUCCAGCUUGUUGAUUCCGUCUCUGGUGCAUUCAGCCAAAUAUGCGUGCACCUUUCUGAACCUCUUUAUGACAUGGUACUGAACAUGGUUUUCGACUACGCAAGCAACAAUGUCCGGUCCAAUGCCGUCCGUGCCAUUCACCAACUGGUCGAAUGUGUAGCCAAUGCCGAUCCCGUUAAGACUCUAGCUAAAUUUGUACCGUAUUGUGAUCGGAAUAUCCGCAUUGAACUGGAGCAUGGAUCGAGUUCGUUGAGGACAACGUCAUCAAGCUCGACGCCUCUGCCGUCAGACGCUACCCUUCAUUGGAAUCUUGCCAUACUACGGGGAUCCAUGUAUAAUGAUGGGAAAGCGGUACGAGGUCUCAUCCGACAGAACUACAUAACCAGUUUAAAGGAAAUACAUCAGGCUCUACCAUAUCGUGAACAGCUGAUAUCCUUGUUUAAAGUUCUUCACCAGAAGACGUUUUCGAAACGCGGUUUCUCUUCUAGCGGCAAGCUCAUUUCCAGCACCUUACUAACCCUCACGCACACAUAUCCUCUUGAAAAUAAAUUCGUCAAUCCAGAUGAAUGGGCAAGCGAAGAUUUCAAGAAGAACCACCACAAAUAUUGGGGGAAGCUAUACAAACCGGAGGAUGUCAAACUCACGUGGCACAUCCCAUCUAACGAGGAGAUAGAUUUUACCUUGCAGAUCUUCCGAGAAGUCAUUGAACCCAUAUUAUCAACGUUGGAUACGCUGUUGAAACCGGGCGUUGUGCGUGACGCCGUAUGGCGCAAUGAUUUCUGUCGACAUCUCAGUUUCGUUCGUAAUGCGUUCUCGGGUAUCCCUACUCUCGCCAAGGAAUACAUACCUCCAGAAGACUGGUCAUCAGCCAUCGCAACCAGCGAUAUACUACAUGAAAUUCCUGAAAUGAUUGCUGCAAUCGAGCCUCUCAAUGCUGGAUUCGCGCUGACUGACCCCAAUGAUCCUCGCCACCAGUAUAUUACGAGGUUGAGACAUCGCUUUGGCCAAUUUCUGCACAGAGCUUCAGAAUCGCUACGACAGCAGGGAGAAGAGAAUACUGUAGACGCAGUUCAGAUGUUGAUACGUUCAAUGCGAACGUACAUGUUGGAGUACGGCGAUAGCAGGGACAAAUUCUAUCAUUCUGCUCGAUUGCGCUGGAACUCCAUUGAACGGAGAAGGACUGCGCUCGAAGACAAGCUUAUUGAUGAUCUAACGGAGUGGGCAAUGUGGCACUAUGUGAUUGUCAGGGAAAUUAGCCAAUCCUUGUUGGAGAGUUUGUGCAAUUGCUUUGAUGGUGUGCGUCGUCGCUGCCUGCCCAAGCUUUACAAAGCUUUAGACCCGGGAACGGAUGACGACCGCAUGAAAGGCGCUUUAUGGACGCUGAACUCAGGUUUAUUCGCAAAAUACGCUAUCUGCGAACCCACCCUGACAACGGAAUUUGUCAACAAGUUGUUUGGAUGCCAACAUAACGAACGCCCGUCCAUCCAAGAAUAUGUCUCAUCUUUGUCUGAUACUUGCCUGAAUCAUUUCGUAGAACCGUCCUACAGCGUGUACGAAGUAACUGACGGCAGAGUUGAGAGAGCAAUCAGAGACUUGAAAUCAGUCAUCGGAGCCGUCUCUAAUGCUGAUCUGAUAGUCGACCGAUGUAGAAAUCAGAGAAUUUCUCGCUUGAGAUUGACAAACGAGAGCAUUGAGAAAUUGACCGAUUCUCUUUUGGCUAUUGCGAAUUCUCCGAAUACUCAUUGGCGAUACGCUAUUGUUGCAACCCGAUGCCUCAGAACACUGGUCAGACGCGAUGCACCCAUGACGUCUUCACAUGUUCGAUAUCUAUUGGAAAAGACGUAUGACUCCCAUUCAGAUAUUCGAUAUGUAAGUCUCCUAGAUUCUAUCCACACUUGGUCCAAUGCGAACUCAUGGUAUGUCAUUAAAGGACCGGUGGAUCUUGUGCUAGAGCAGAAUCACAAUCCUUUGCGACGAACUGUACCAGUACAAAGUCCCAGCCAUGCUUUUAGGUCUGAAUGGUUGGCGCAAUUCAAAAUACCCGUUGAUCUUGAGAAAGCGAGGCAAGAGCCUUUACUUUUUGAUAAGAUUUCCAGUGGGUGGCUCGUAUGGAGGCAACAUGUAGAUUGCUUCUUGGCGCCGGAUGCUGUGGAGUCGACUUUUCAACCUUGGGAUGGCGGAUGUGAAGAAGCUGUUGAGACUCUCCGCACUAUUGUCACAGAUCCAUCGUACUGGGAAAAACUUUCUACUCACUACUCCGCCGAGAAUAAUACGGAUGCCGUCACUCAAGAUAAUGCAUCUUGUGUCAAGUCCAUAUUUCAAUUGCUUGAAGAUGAGCCAUUCGAGGCGCUGAAACCAACCUUAGAGACUCUCAUUGCGGACAAAGACAAGAACAAGCAGCGUGCAGCUGCUGACUUUCUUGCUGGAAUAUUUUCUGGAUCCAAACAUUGGCCUACGGAUAGUCAGCUCAAAUUAUGGGAGUGGUUUGAGCGACAUUCGCAUACGGUAUUUGGCCAAAAGAGCAACGAUACGUUGCCGAUAUGGACGUCCUUCCUCGAGUAUGUUUUCUUCAAUCGAGAUCCGAGGAGGCUACAGCCGAUGGUGGACCACGUCGUGGCUGCAUUCAAAGGUGUUAAUUUCAAUAGUGAAUCAGCUUUUGACGUCAUACAAGUGUUAGCCUUCUACCGAGCAUUGUACGAGGAAUUGGGAUGGAAGUUUCUGCCAUGGAUAGACGAUGCUCUUGAGAAAUGUUGGCGGGAGCUUGGCAGAACUGAACACGAUGAUGUCCUAGCAUAUAUUAGCGAACUCUUUACUUUCAGUGGGAAGGUCAUGUGGAGUCCCCGUCCAUCUGUCCCUGUUACUGAGACAUUCGUGCGCGAGUGUCGUACAUUGCCUCUAGACCAUGAUAUAAUGGGAAUUCGGGGAACUUACCAUAGAGAACGAGUACUAGACCUCGUGGAAAAGUUUGACGCUUGGCGGAUGGAACGGUUGCCAGGAGCGCGUGCAUUCCAGUCUACGUACGACAGAGUCGGCAUCCUCGUUUGCAAAUGGUUAUUCCAGAUAGUCCACGACAUCAAUGCAGCGGCUGCGUUUGAUUACGUUCUCCCCUUGAUGGCGAGCCACCAAUUCCGCGCAUUAACUGAGCUAAAGGCUGAUUUCUUUCGUCUAGUGAACGACAACGAUGACCUCGCACACCGUGCACAGCUGUUGCUCGUUCGAAUGUGUGGUGUUGUGCCCCCACGACAGCUCAUUAAUCCCAUGCUAGAUGCUAUCUUUACAGCCAUCCAGACGUCGCCGUCGUGGAGAGUAAGGCUGAAGAUACUUCCUUUGGUGCAAGUAUUUUAUUUCCGACAGUUCCCCUUGAUAAGCAACAUUAAGAUUGGGGAGAUGCUUGAGGUGGUCUGUCGGUGUCUGGACGAUGAGGUAGUAGAGGUUCGUGAAAUGGCUGCAACGACACUGUCGGGAAUACUGCGUCUGUCACCUCGUCGGAGCGUACUUCACUUGAGGGACCGAUUUGUGCGCCUGCUUAAAAAUAGCACCCUCCCAGAUCGCAAAUCUGCCGCAUAUACUUCGGCCCUGCGUCAGCGCCAUGCUGCGAUCCUCGGUAUCUGUGCACUUGUGGAUAGCUACCCGUAUACAGUCGAACGAUGGAUGCCUGAUUUGAUCACAGGCGUACUCGCUGAGCACACGUAUGACCCUGUAAGUCCUGCAGCCCUCUUCAUAGUGGAUGAAACAUUGAUCAAGACGGUCACCUCAGCUUCCAAUCUCAGCAACAACUUGUGGAAACCAGCCAUGUCGACGUCGCAGGAUGCAGCGUCGAGCUCUAAUGAUUCCGUCAUGCAAACGUUCGGCAAAUUCAGAGAUGAACUGGACGAUUAUCACGAUAGGAGAGAACGUCUCAUCAAGUCCAGUCGCGAUGUUACCAGUCUCUCCAAGAAGGUCAUAUUUCUUCUCCACCGUACCCUGAUGGAGGAUUCCUCCGAGUCGGACGAUCAGGCAUUGUGUCUACGUGCUGUUGAGCGGGCAAAGGACAAGCUGCGCGAGAUCCAGGGACUCCUGGUGGCUAUGCAUGAGGAGCUAGCAGGCGACCGGUUCUGGAGGUAUCAGAGGAAUGUGUCACCAGGGUUGCAAGAGUAUAUUGAAGCACUCAGUUUUGCUCACUACCUUGAGUCCCGAUCACUCAUUUCAUAUAGCGAUGUACAGAAAUCGUUGUUGGGAGAGGAUGGGGUUCUAUACUUUCCAUUACCUUUGGAGGACUAUUUGCUUGGUUUGGCAGACCUCACUGGAGAACUUAUGCGCUAUGCUAUUUCCUCGAUCUCUCGCCGAGGCGGACGUUUCAAAGCCAGAGAGGUGUGCGAGUUCGUGAGGGGAUGCAAAGCCGACUUUGAGGGUCUGACACCUUACUUCAGAGAGCUGAGGAAGAAACAACAAGUGACGGCGCAGUCGCUGGAGAAAAUUGAAAACGUUGCGUAUGCCAUAGCAAUGCGCAGUUUUGAGUACGACCUGCCCCCUGAGCUGCUGGACGAUAUUGUGGAUCAGACAGUAUCCCAAAUGGCACAAUUGAACGACAGAGGGAAUGAUCGACGCCUUCGUCUGGCGCCCCAUACGCCUGUCUGGACGGUGGACCCUCGACAGCGGCCCUUCUCGGCUAAGCCCACAGCGACGACUGUUAUAACCGCCUCCCCAAGAGGAUCGCUCCUCAUCCCACAGGCCAACUCCUUUCACCCCCUCACUACCGUCCCUCUCAGCCCGAUGCGUCUUACGUUUACACCAGCUCUCGGCGAGGUGAUGCCGCUGGUCAUUUCUGAGGUGCACUGCCUCGAUGUCCAAUCCGUAUCUCCACAAGUUCUCGUAUUCCAGGCGAUGUUUGACUCGCGUGUCUCGUACGAGCAGGCAAAGAGGGACGGCGUGAAGGUUGAGUUGUGGGCCGAUCUCCCGGUCGAGGGUCGUCCUAGUUGGGAAUGGGGUGCGUUCCCCUUCCAGGCGUAUGAGCAGUCGCCCCUCCAUGCGAACCUGAGCAACGAGGUCGUUUCCUUGACUUUGUCCGAGGAGCAGGGUUUGGAGGAAUCGUCUGCCUAUGCCGUCUACGCCAAGGUGCCGGUGAAGCUACACGAGUAUGCGAGCGGACAUCGAUUCGCGUUCACAUACAGGCUGGUGUAUCCCUCUGGUGAAAUCAAGUGGCUCGGGAAGUUUGGGUGGAACGGUGCGCUGGUGGUAGAUAAGAGGUCCGCGCCCUGUGCUGUUGGAGUCGACUUACACGAUGGAUGGACUUUUGAAUCGCGCGAUAUAGCAGCGUUCCGGAGCGCAGGCUCUGGUGAACAUCACGUCGGAACACUAGGGCACGACCUGGGGUGGUCUACGUGGGCGAUCUAUGAUGACAGCUGGCCCGUCUUCUCUCGCACAGGCGAAUCGCAAUUUGUGUCCUCCAUGGUAUUAGUGCCUUCCUCCCGCAGUCACAAGGUCAUCCCAUCUAUUCCUCUCGUCAUCAGUGCUACUCUGGACUCUCGGGUGCGGAUAGGUAACGACGGCCAAAUUAUCCACAAGCUAGCCAGCGCAGGAGGUCAAUUGUUUCUGAGUCCAAUCCAGGCUAUACCUACAGCACCAACGGAAUGUAAUCGUAUGGGGCCAGUGCAGGUGAACGAGCACACUGAGUUCGCAGUCAUGGCAUCCUCUUCGGCUAAUGGGCUAUUGCCGAUCUCACUCCUGGUAAUCCCCCUUACUCCGAUUACCAGAACACAGGAGGUCCACAUCCAUAGGGAUGCUGUUGAACAACUUCUGCCUCCUUCCUCCAGACAAUUGUUCAUUAUAUCGUCCCCUCUUUCAUCGACUUCUCGUCUGUCAACCGACGGUGAGCUAGUUACCUUCCGUACUGGUCGACAUGGUGGAUACGCGCGUCUUUCUCCGGUGUAUUCCCUUGAAUCAACGAGCGGGGAUUUCAAAGGCAACUGGGGCAUUUCUCUUCUGGACAUGCACACAAACGCUGCGAUCCAUGAACAACAGGGUGUACCUCAGCGAGUGCUGCCUACGCCACCCCCUUCGCCUCCACCCGUGCUCCGCGUUGCACAGCGCACCCAAGUGCCGCCGCUCGCAUCGUUCACGGAAGUUUCGGAGCAACUCACUUCCCAUACUUUCUCCAGCCCCACCUCGCCGACAUCUACACCUGUCCUAGACUCCGCAUCGGUAUCACCAUCUUUAUCAUUGGCAUCGCUCGAUAUUGCAGCUCCAACUCCGUGUGUACCCCAGCCUCCAUGCAAAUACGAGGACAAUUCGAAUACUCUUGCGCUGAUUCGCACUCAACGCCCUGCGCUGCAUCCAUUCUUGCGCGCGUUGCUUGCAAUGUUCACAUGUUUAUGGUCGAUAAUUUUACAGAAAGGGUUGCAACUCUUGGGGAUUCAUGCGUCACGGGCCAUAGACAACAGCCAACUCGAGCCGUCUGAGAGCACAGGAGUUGAGCCGAACGAGAUUGUCGAAGAGGAUAACGAUGCAAACCUCACGAUCAUGGCAUCCGAGAGCGACCUCACCGUCGCCGAUGGAGAUACGAAGGAGCCGGAUUCCACAUAUUACUCAUCGGCCUCGAUGGAGACCGUUGUUGAGGAAUCUAUCCCGUCUUCGGCAUAUCUCGAGCAAAAGGCGCCUGUCGACCAUCCCGACCCCAAGCCAACUAUCUCGCUUUCUGUCGACGUUCGCAGCCAUGAUGGCAAGUUAUCCCUUCUUGUCCAGCCACCUCCUAAAAUUUCAAUGGGGCUUGCAGCGCUGAAGUUUUCACUUAAUGGAGAACCCAUUGCAGAGUCCGAUAUCAGCGCUUUUGAGCGCGACGGGUUGCAUCUCCUGAAGAUCCAUGUGCCGUCCAGCUUCGACGCUGGGAACCUGACCGUGACGAUCACUUGA